AUGGACAGCUCCUCCACUCGGGCAGAGCAAGGCUCUACUACCAGCGACGUGACAAAUGGCCGCCAUGACAAGGCGCCGCUGAAAGGCCACGAGUCGCCAGCUUCGCCACAGCUGCUCCGUUGGCUUCACGAUGAAGAUCAACCCGUCACGGAAACUAUGCAACGGCCGCGCGAGGGAACCAGCCCGGCAGCGACUUGCCAGACGGAGAGCCCGUCUCGUGCACCACCCGACGGCAAGGACCGUGACGUGGACCUUUGCCAUAUCGGUGCUCAGUUCUACGACUAG